AUGGCCGUGGCUUUGGACGCAGUGUGGGUAAGGGUGAAGAACGUCUGCAAACAAAAUGGGCUCCUCAUCAUGUCGGUGCUGGCUGUGGUCAUCGGGUGUCUUUUGGGAUUCUUCCUGAGGACACGGCGCCUCACAGAGCAGGAGGUGAAGUACUUCCAGUUUCCUGGAGAGCUGCUGAUGAGGAUGCUGAAGAUGCUGAUUCUCCCGCUCGUCGUGUCCAGUUUAAUGUCAGGACUGGCAGCCCUCGACGCCAAGUGUUCCAGUCGGCUCGGUCUGAUCACAGUGUCCUAUUACCUGUGGACCACCUUUGUGGCCGUGAUAGUGGGAAUCAUCAUGGUCUCCAUCAUCCACCCAGGCGGAGCAGCCCAGAAAGAGGACUCUGAGGACAGUGGCAAGCCUAUCAUGAGUUCUGCUGAUGCUCUGCUGGACCUUAUCCGCAACAUGUUCCCAUCUAAUCUGGUCCAGGCCACAUUUCAGCAGUAUCGAACAAGUAGUGAGUACAUUGUGAAAGCCAAGCCAACAGUGAGUCAGGCCCAAUCAGAGGCCACCACACGGCGAGCACUCAUCUACGGUAUUCAGGACGAUAAUGGAACUGACAUCCAGAACUUCGCCCUUGACCUGACUCCACCCCCUGAUGUGCUCAUAAGAAUUCGGGAAGGAACAAGUGAUGGAAUGAAUGUCCUUGGAAUUGUUAUAUUUUCAGCCACCAUGGGUAUUAUGUUGGGAAGGAUGGGGCCAAAUGGCAGCGCCUUGGUGAACUUCUGCCAGAGCCUGAAUGAGGCUGUUCUUAGAAUAGUUGCCAUCGUUAUAUGGUACUUCCCGUUUGGUAUUGUGUUCCUGGUGGCCGGUAAGAUCCUGGAGAUGAGCGAUCCGUCAGCUAUGGGGAAAAAGCUGGGUUUCUAUGCCAUCACUGUGGUGUUUGGCUUAGUGUUGCACGGCUUGUUCAUCCUUCCUGCCAUGUACUUCUUCAUCACAAAAAAGAGCCCCAUCGUUUACAUACGGGGAAUCCUGCAAGCCCUGCUCAUCGCCCUGGCAACCUCUUCCAGCUCUGCCACAUUGCCCAUAACCUUCAAGUGCCUCUUAGAGAACAACCACAUUGACCGCCGCAUCAUCCGUUUUGUGCUCCCUGUGGGUGCCACGAUCAAUAUGGAUGGCACCGCUCUUUAUGAGGCUGUGGCAGCAAUAUUCAUCGCACAAGUUAACAAUUACGAGCUGGACUUUGGCCAGAUCAUCACCAUCAGUAUUACAGCCACUGCAGCCAGUAUCGGUGCAGCAGGGAUCCCACAAGCUGGACUGGUAACUAUGGUGAUAGUGCUAACAUCUGUCGGGUUGCCAACUGAUGACAUCACUCUCAUCAUUGCAGUGGAUUGGGCAUUAGACAGAUUCCGUACUAUGGUAAAUGUAAUGGGGGAUGCUUUGGCCACAGGCAUCAUGGCACACAUCUGCAGAAAAGACUUCAUGAAAGAGGGAGAUGGGGUGCCUUUGAUCUGUGAGCGCAAACCCGUAAUGAACAUCCCACCUCUGAUGAACUGUCACAACAACAACGGCAACUACCAGCCCCCUUCUUCAGGGGUGAAACACAAGCUUAUUCCUUCCGACGUGGCACGGCUGAUGCAGCUGGAGGAGGGCGUCCGGCCGCCUUCACAGAGGAAGAAGCCACCGAUUCCUCCAAGGCACCUAAAAAAGAGCAAAGGACACUGCACUAUUGACAUGAAUGGCCUUGAGACCAACGUAUAGCCUCUUGCUGGAGGGUGAUGGGUUGUCUGUGUAGAUGUGCUAAUUAGAACCUUGGAGCAAAGGAUCCUGUACAAGUGGGAGGACAGCACGGCCAGGCUCAUCUUCAUCUCUCAUGUUAUUGUGGGGGCAAAUCUUAUUGGUGACCUGAUGUCCUGAAAACUAAGAGAAAAGCCUCGUAGCAGUGAAAUGCUUUCUGUAAAACUGGACAAGUAUCACACUGACAGUGGAAUUUAUGGCACCAAAAAAGACAACAGUAUGAUUUUAUUGAUACAGCUCAUCCUUGGUGUGGACCUGCAGUGUGAGCUCGCACCUAAACUCCCAGACUCUGAUUACAGGUGUGAGUACUUGCAUUGAUAUACUGAUUUCUAUUUGAUAUCUACAUUUUAUAUGUUAUAAUUUUUUUGUCUGUGUGCAACAUGUUAAUAAGACAAGUGUUCAUUAUAUUUUAUACUACUGCAAGCAGCCAGCUGUUUGUGUCAUACAAGAGACAAAACAGAAUUACAAGUGUCUGGUUAGAGCUAAAUGAUCAGGAAGCAAAGUGAAAUGCCCUAAUUGUUUAAUUUUGCCUUAACAAAGCUGGUGGUGCUAGGCUGACGGGAUGACAAGGAAAAGAGGGCUGAAGAAGAUGAUCAGAAACUUUACCUUUCCUUGUGGUCAUGUUAUAACUUUAGUACAUGGGCAAAAUAUUGAUAUGUUUGAACAGCCUUAGGAGCACUUGAUCUAAUUAAACUUUCCUGGCACUUCCACUGGCUAUUCAACAUAAA